UCCGAGCUCGCAGCGGGCCAAUGGCGUGUGUGUGUGGCAGCGUCUCCAUGGUGACUGGGCUGUUCCUGGGGAGGCUGUGAUGGGUUGACAGGUGCGUGACAGUCGGAGCUCUCUGCAGGCAUGUACGGCAAAGGCAAGAGCAACAGCAGCGUCCCGUCCGACAGCCAGGCCAGAGAGAAGUUAGCACUAUAUGUAUAUGAAUAUCUUCUCCAUGUAGGAGCACAGAAGUCUGCACAGACAUUUUUAUCAGAGAUAAGAUGGGAAAAAAACAUCACAUUGGGCGAACCCCCAGGAUUCUUGCACUCUUGGUGGUGUGUGUUUUGGGAUCUCUAUUGUGCAGCUCCAGAAAGACGUGAAACAUGUGAACACUCAAGUGAAGCUAAAGCCUUUCAUGAUUAUAGCGCUGCAGCAGCUCCCAGUCCAGUGCUAGGAAACAUUCCCCCAGGAGAUGGCAUGCCAGUAGGUCCUGUUCCACCGGGGUUUUUUCAGCCUUUCAUGUCUCCUCGAUAUCCAGGAGGCCCAAGGCCACCUUUAAGGAUACCCAAUCAGGCACUAGGAGGUGUCCCAGGAAGUCAGCCAUUAUUGCCUAGUGGGAUGGAUCCAACACGGCAGCAAGGUCAUCCAAAUAUGGGAGGACCAAUGCAGAGGAUGACUCCACCUAGGGGAAUGGUCCCAUUAGGCCCGCAGUCUGACCCUUGGUUAUCAUUGCAGAACUAUGGAGGUGCAAUGAGACCCCCACUGAAUGCUUUAGGUGGCCCUGGAAUGCCAGGAAUGAACAUGGGUCCAGGAGGUGGUAGACCUUGGCCAAACCCUACAAAUGCCAAUUCUAUACCGUACUCUUCUGCUUCACCUGGGAAUUAUGUAGGUCCACCAGGAGGUGGAGGGCCACCUGGAACACCCAUCAUGCCUAGUCCGGCAGAUUCAACCAACUCUGGAGAUAACAUGUACACUUUAAUGAAUGCAGUACCUCCUGGAGCCAACAGACCUAAUUUUCCAAUGGGACCAGGGUCAGAUGGUCCAAUGGGUGGAUUAAGUGGAAUGGAUUCACAUCAUAUGAAUGGAUCACUAGGCUCAGGAGAUAUGGACAGUAUCUCCAAAAAUUCUCCAAGUAAUAUGAGUAUGAGCAAUCAGCCUGGGACCCCUCGAGAUGAUGGUGAAAUGGGGGGUAACUUUCUAAAUCCUUUUCAGAGUGAAAGUUAUUCUCCCAGCAUGACAAUGAGUGUGUGAUCCAAUAUCAAGUUUCUUCGUGAAGGCUGCACUGAGUUGGCCCUCUCCAGAGAGCUACUAAAGAAGAAAAAAUAUUCAUCCCUGUGUACAGUUUAACAGAAAAGAUUUCUGCCACAUUUGGACCCACCGUUAUUUUCCAACCAUCUUCCCUGUUUUGUGAAGAAAGUGGGUCUUGAUCUGGUUUCAGCUAUAAUAUGUGGCAUAUCAGAGCUGCCCAAGACUGAACUGCAAACAAUUAUCUGUGUAUGUAUAUGUAGGGAUAGGUGUAUGUAUGUGUGUGUUACAGAGACAUAAAUAUGAGCACAUACAUAUAUAGACCUGCAGGACGUUGUAAAAUAUUAUCACAUGACAUCUUAAGUAGAAAUAAGAAAUAGGGACUUUUAUUCCAUCUUUUUUACGUUUACAUUUUAUCUUUCAAAAGAACUGCUUCCUUCUUCCCAUCCGACCUGUUUUGUGCUGUGUAUAUCACUGCUUUGUAAGUUAUUUUUUUAAAACUGAUCUCAGAUACAUUCUGUUUUUGUCAUUGUCAGCCAUCAUGGUUAGGAAUAAAAUUGCUUAUAAGAGGGCUUUCAUAAAGUUUUAUUUAAUACCAGUAAUCAUGUGAAUUGAAAACUACACUUACUCAAGAAAAAAAAUUAAGUGUGUUAAACUUGUUCUUUGCCUUUGAGAAGAAAUUAGAACAGUUUUGUGCCCUACUUCUUAAUAAAUGUCUAAUACUGCUAUACUAAACAUAUUUGCAUGGUGGUAAACAUCAAAACAAGUUUACUCCCAAAUUAUAUUUUGAGGACUAGGAUGCAUAUCCUUUAAUAUUUGCUUUCAAGGUAUGACUGAGUUUAGCUCAACUUUUUGAUCUAUGCAGAGAAAUACAAAAUAUUUGUUGGGCUUCGAUUAAAGUGCAGGAGCAAUCCAGGAAUAAAAAUUGGCAGGAUUCCUGUGUUAGGGAAAUACUCAGUAUGAUCUUCCACAGGGGUUCUAAUUAUAAUAAAAACAGCUAUACAGUAUAUUGCUUAGACACAAUAUUUUCCUCUAAUAUUCAUCAUAGUCUCCCGAGAUUACUUAUGCAUAUUCAAAUUAUUUCAUAUGCCAAAGUGAAAGAGACACAAGUUACUUUCCCUCGCUAUACUUACUGGCUUUAUCUCCAUCACACUAUCUAUAUUUUAUCAAUAUAAUUAAACCACUUUGGAUGUUUCUAAAAUCAGUAUAAACUUAAAAGUCCUAUAUUAUCUUAAUGAUCGGUAAACUUAUUACAUUUAUUAUAACUUUUAAUGUUGACUUAAGUUAUUCCAUCUGUUGCAUCAAAAACAAAUGCAGCUAUUAAUCUGAAAAGAAUUUUAAUUGCCUUUAUGUUAAAAGACCAUGGUAAAUUUCAUCCAAUAUCAUUUUUUCUUGAGUUUCAAAUAACUGAGAAAUUUAAGGUGCUUUAUAUGAGGAAAGCAUGAUAAUUUCCCCAUCCUUUUUUUUGGCAAGUAAAUGAUGUGUGAAAAGUUAACUAUUUUAUAUUUAUUCCUAUUUUCAAUUUUACUAUAAUGUUUGGUAAUUCCGAUAUAGUAGCAGCUUCCAUUAUCUGCAUAUCUUGUAACUUUCUCGUGUUGCCUACAAGAAUUUAUUUCCACCUAUAAAAAGUAACUGAGAAUUUUACAAUAGUUGCAAUCUAUAGUUCCUGCUGAAAUUGCAAUGAAAGAAUAUUUGAAUACGAAGCAAUUUUACACUUUAAUCUGGAUUGUUUAAAAAAAAAAUAAGAGGGGGGAGAUCAUUCUUUAAAUUUUGUUCUGGUGUUAAAGAAAACUUGGGGCAAUGUCCCAUCAUGUCACUCCAAGCAGAAUAGAAUCCACCAGUGGAACAUAUGUUUCCUCUCACCUACUAACCAUCAAAUCUGCUUUGGAGGGUUAGGAAAUCAUAUAGAGAAAAUUUAGAUUGUACCGGGAAAGUUGAAAAAGGGAAAUGAAGUCCCAUCAUGGAAACAAAACAUGAUACCUAACAAAACUUUGGGCAUGGUUCUUAAGUAUCACCAUUACUUCUAAAUUAACCUUGAAGAACUGAGUAAAGUUGCAAUGUGUAACCUAACACAUGUUUAUAUUUUUACAAAAUUUAAUCUAUGACUCCAAAAUAUUUUAUUUUCAUUUUAUUGAACACUCGGAACAAGACAAUAAUUCUAGAUAGUAUCCAGUGAAGUUAUUUUCUUCAGAAAAGCUUUUUGAUUCAACCAAACCUUCCAUGAAUGCAAUGAGGGAAGAGAUUGUCUAUUCUUUCUCUUUCAAAAAUGUAUUCCAGGGAAUUGAAAACAAAAUGGGAACCAGGUCCUUUCUCUCCCUUUUGUUAAUGGGAACUUCUGCUGGAACAAAGUGUCUUCUCUGAAUUGAAGGGCAGUUUUGGAUAUGAUUCCUUAUCCCCAAUCCUUAGUUUUUCAGAUACUCAUUUUAUGCAUGUAAAAAUCUCUGUGCCUAAUUUUUCCAGUAACUCAUUUCCAAUACACCACAUAAAAUGAUAACUAUGAAUGCUGUGCAUAUAAUAUCUAAUGACGAUGCUAGUUAUACAUUGUAUUUUUGUUUAGAUUCUUCUGUAUGUUCUAGUAAAUUAUUUAUAGAAUUUGGCAAUAUGAAGUACAAAAUUAAAAUAGAUCAUUGAUUUUCAGUCAUUGAUUUAUUUCUCACAUGUUAAAGUUCCACAUGUACUUUAUGUGGUGUAGUCCUAUAUGAACCUUAAUGCCGUGAUUCUAAUUCCCACCUUGGGAAUUUUUUAAUGCAAUUUCUCCAAAAGCCAAGUGAAAACAGUUCACAAAACAUGAUAUAUAUAUAUAUAUGGACUUCUUAAAAGGAUUAUAUGUGAUCAAAAUAUCAGCUUCCUUUUGUAUCCUACUUAAAAAUAUUCCUGAAAAAAAUCAAAUUUAUUCCUACCUGUGUCUCUUUAGAAAUAUUCUGAAAACUUUGCUAGAAGUUACUGAAAAAAAUGAUAAGUAAAUUAAAAUUGAUUUCAUAGCCUGGAGCUGUGUGUGUGUGUGUGUGUGUGUGUGUGUGUGUGCGUACAUACACAGAUACACAUUCACACAAACACACAAAAAUUUAAAAUCCCAGAAAUAGAUUCGGUAUCAAGUAAUAAACAUACAGGAUAUAAUCCAUUUUAGUGGUUCCUACAUAAAAUGUUUUAACAUGAAUUUAAAUGUUUGCUUUAAAAUCAAAUCUAGGAUGAUUGAAUUUGGUGUGGUUUUCUUUAUUCUCACAACUUGUUGCACACAUAGGUUCAGAAAAGGUGGUAUAAUUUCUUUUACCUCGCUUUCACCAAGUCCUGAUUCAGCCACAAUGAGGAAAUGGUCCUUCAAGCUUCUAGGUCACAGUAACCAAUUUCUAGUUGAAAGAUUUUCAUUUUUGCCUGAUUCAUCAGAUUAUCAUCAGCUGAACCUUUGGUUGCCACUAUCCUGGCCUAAUUGGUGCACCCCAAAUACUUUCUCAUCUCUAUACUAGAUCCAAUGAAAAAAAUAAACCUAGAACAGCUGACAUCCAAAAGCACCUGAUUUAAUUAUCAGGUACUUUUAGUUAAAGCUUUUUCCAACUGACAUUUUUGUUUUUAAGAAAAAUGAUGUAAUGCUGAUUUAAUAUGCAUAUUUCAAUCCAGUUACAGGGCUGGCUCACAUGUAAUGCCAAGCAAUCAAAUCCUAAUUCCUUAAAAUCCUGGUUUAUAGGGCAAGCACAAAUCAUACUCUUAAUAUAACAGCCAUAAAUGAUUUUCCAAAACUCAGAAUUAACCCAUUAAGUAGAAGAUGCCAUGAAAAGAAGAGAGGAAGGAAUAAGCACAUGGCUUGCAUAUGUAGCACCAAACAAUUAAUGAUAUACCAAAUCCUUUUGAAAACAGAGGAAUGUAAAUUAAUCAUAGCUAUAACAAGAGAGUGGCUAUUUGGUUAAUAAGAGUAGCUGUUUUGUAUCUAUGGAUUACAACCUAGCAUCAAAACUCAGUUGACUAAAAGUCAUUACUAUGUUUAUCAUAAUUGUGAUUAUAUGUCAAUAUGCUGGAUGUUAACAAAGCUAUAAAAUUAGAUGGUGAAUUCCUUGAAGAGGAUUAAGUUGUACAUUUUUAUUCUUUUACAUUGGUGUCACACAUUUUUGCCAAUAAAUAUUGCACUGAUUUUU